CGCCCACUAUUUCUUGGUCCGCGGGGAAGUCGCAAGAUGGCCGACGUCGCUUGAAAGUACGUUCCUCUCCUCAGUAUGAAGUUGUGAGUGAGAUAGAGAGCGAGGGAGCUUACGGUGGCGUUUUGUUUUUGUUUUAUUUUAGUUAUUUUACUUUAUUUUAUGUUUAACCAACCAUUUCAUUCCGAAACGCACAUGUCUCAGAUUUCUUUAGGCUAGUUGAGUCGUCAGUCACACCGGGGUACUGGCUAACGAGCUAAGUUAGCUAGCUAGCUGGUGUGUUCGCUGCAAAGCUGCAGGUUUAGGUUAAAUCAGUUGGCUAGCUUCUUGUCGAUUUCAAACACGUUCUGUUCAGACUUUACACCACUCAACGGCUGCAAUCGGAGACUAAUUGAGAAACUGUCCAAACAAAUUGACUGGCAUUUUUUUCUGGUCGUAAGUUAGCUACUGUAAAGCUAGUUUGUUAGCAUGUAGGAUUAUAUUUUGGACCUUUUCACCGCCGUCGACUUGACUAGUGCCGCCGUUAUUCUCCCACUGUAACAUUGUAAACUUGGUCAUGGUUUCCCACCGGGCGACAUUCUAAUUAAUCAAGCAGUCUGUAAUUCGGCAGGUAUUGUAGGCGUUACACCGAAACGCAGAGUGGAGAAUGGAUAUACAUUGCACGUUCAGAUAUAAACUCUAGCCUCGCCCACGACUAGAAUUUCACAGAUUUCCACGCUCACUAGACACGAUUCAUUUUUAAACCCGCUUUACUAGCUGCACGCUCCUUUACUCAUAUAAGAAAGAUCGAUUAAUACACUGAUUAAUAACUCUGGAAAGGGCGUGCUCAUCUGCCACAUCUACUACCACACACACACGCGCACACUUAAGACAUAAACAGGACCGAAGUACGAAAAUAUGGGAGUGCAGGGCUUUCAGGAGUAUUUGGAGAAGCGAUGCCCGGGCGCGUCGGUUCCGGUAGAUCUCCUCAAACUGGGCCGAACUGCGAGCCGAAAUCCUCCACAUCACCACCACCAUCAUCAUCCUCAUCACCCGAACGCGCUGCCCGCGCCUCCUCCGCCGCCCGCGCGCAUCCUCGUGGACGCAGACUCGGGCCUGCAGCGCCUCUACGGCGGCUACCAGACCGACUGGGUGUGCGGCGGCGAGUGGAACGCCAUGCUCGGCUACUUGGCAGCGCUGUCGCAGGCCUGCUUGUACCAGGGCGGCCUGGAGCUCGUCGUGGCCUUCAAUGGCACCCUGGGCAAAGAGCGCUGGCCCGAGUGGGCGCGCCGAGCACAGGCCCACAGACAGACGGCGCAGCUCAUCGUCAACCACGUGGGCAGCAAAGGCACACCGCCCCCGCGCGCCUGGUUCCUGCCGCCCGCCUGCCUCAGCCACUGCGUCCGCCUCGCCAUGUUCCGCUUCCGCGUGCGGGUGGUUCAGACCCUAGAGGACCACCACCAGGAGGUGCUAUCUCUGUACAGAGACUUUGGAUUUCAGGGCCUGAUUGCACAGGAUUCCGAGUUCGCUCUAUGCAAUGUCCCGGCCUAUUUCAGCUCUCAUGCGCUUAAGCUCUCCUGGAACGGCAAAAAUCUGACCACUCACCAGUACCUGCUGUCUGAGGCUGCUCGCCAGCUGGGCCUCAAAACCCAGCACCUGCCCAUCUUUGCUGCCCUGCUCGGUAACCACAUUCUGCCAGAUGAAGACCUGGCUGCCUUUCAUUGGAGUCUCUUGGGUCCAGAACACCCUCUUGCCUCCCUCAAGGUAAGGGCUCACCAGUUAGUUCUCCCUCCCUGUGAGGUUGUGAUUAAGGCUGUAUCAGAGUACGUUGCAUCUAUUCAGGACCUCGGGAACCUGGAUUCUGUGGCCAGAGAUGUAUUCAAACAGUCUCAGUCUCGGACCGAAGAUAAAAUCGAAAGAUUUAAGAAGGCAGUGGAAUACUUUUCAGCGGCCAGUAAACCCAGACCUCUAACCAUGGGACCUUCUCCUUACCUCUUGCCAGGUUUUGGGCCUUGUCAGUUUGGUGGUCCUCCAGGCCACAUGGGGGCAGUACAGUCUGGGAAAGCCCAGGUUGGUCCACCCCAGGUAUCAGGUGUUAAGGUGCCUUAUCCCGGUGGGCCCUACGGCCCCGGCCCAGCCUCUGCCCUUCUGUUUCAGAACCCACCUCCACCACUGCAGGAAUGCAACGAUUCUCUUGUUGGGAAAAUGGGCUUUGGUGAUUGGUCCGCUCCUUAUGAUUCCAGUCAAGUUGGCAACCGACUGCCCAAUCACCACACAGCUGCUCCUUCAGGCCCUUCUCCAUCACCGUCGUCUUCUUCAGAUGGGGAGGAGCAAAAUGACACCAGCACUAAUCAUUUGGCUGAUAAGUCCUCUAGAUGGGAAGAGCCCAGUGGCCGUGGGGGUGGCGCCUCUGGAGAGGGUCCCCAAGGCAACGGGAGUGGGCCAUCUAUUCCGUCACUGCUGUCCAUGGCAACACGGAGUCACAUGGACAUUACGACUCCACCCCUUCCACAGGUCAGCGCUGAGGUGCUACGAGUGGCGGAGCACAGACACAGAAGAGGUCUCAUGUACCCACAGAUAUACCACAUCCUCACCAAGGGGGAGAUGAAGAUGCCAGUGUGUAUAGAGGAUGAGUGUAACCCUGACCUGCCUCCUGCCUCUUUGCUGUUCCGCUCAGCGCGGCAGUAUGCCUAUGGCGUGCUGUUUAGCCUGGCUGAGACCCAGCGGAGACUGGAAAGGAUGGCCAUGCGCAAGCGCACUCCACUAGAGGUGCCCCCGGUAAUAGUGAAGGAAUGGUGUGCCAGUAAGGCCAAGUCUGCUUUGACCCCUGAGCUGGUUCCAGCUAUGUGUUUCCGCGAGUGGACCUGUCCUAAUCUGAGGCGUCUGUGGCUUGGCCGUGCCUCCGAGGACCGCAGUCGACGCACGCGAGCCUUCUUGGCCUGCAUGAGAUCAGACUGCCCUGCCCUGCUUAACCCGUCCUGCGUGCCAUCACACCUGCUGCUCAUGUGCUGUGUACUCAGGUAUAUGAUGCAGUGGCCAGGUGGUCGUAUUCUCCAACGCCAUGAGCUUGAUGCCUUUUUGGCUCAAGCGGUGUCCAACCAGCUCUAUGAGCCUGAUCAACUGCAGGAACUCAAGGUGGAGAAAGUGGAUAACCGUGGUGUGCAGCUGGCCUCACUCUUUAUGAGCGGCGUGGACACUGCCCUUUUUGUGAAUGAUGUGUGUGGCCAGCCUCUCCCAUGGGAUCACUGCUGCCCAUGGGGCUUCUUCGAUGGCAAGCUGUUUCAGAGCAAACUUGCAAAGGCUACCAGAGACAGAGCUGCUCUGCUGGACAUGUGUGAAGGCCAGGAGGAGCUGGUGUCCCGAGUCGAGAAGAUGAGGCAGGCUAUCCUGGAGGGUAUCAAUCUCUCUCGACCUCCACCCCCACCCCCACCUUUGCCGCCCCCGGCCUUCCUGCCCCCUGCCAUGGUGCCACCAUUCUACCCUAUGCACCCACUGUAUCCGCCUCGACCCUUGGGCUCUAUGCCUCCUCCGCACCACCAGCAUCGACCAAGAGCUUUCCCAGGUAUCCAGUCUAUACCUCCUCAAGGUGGGAAGCUAGAGAUUGCUGGCAUGGUUGUUGGCCAGUGGGCUGGAAACAAACCGGUGCGAGGCAGAGGAGGGUUUAACGUACAGGUGGUAUCAGUGGGAGGAGGAAAAGGGAGGGGUAAAGAAGUGGUACCAAAAGGAAGGGGAGGGAAGAAAAUGAACACAAAUCGAACACAGAAUCUCUCCUCUUCACCUCCCUCAUCCAGCCCACCAAAGCUGGCAGAGGAGCCCAAAACAGUGGGGCGGCCCACUGAGAGAGCCGGCGUUGUAUCCCAGCAGCUGAACGGCAGCUCUUCAGGAAGCGCCGCUGGCCAACCCGUUGACCUGCCACCACUGGCCCAGCCAAUCCAGUGUGCCUUAGCCAGCAAAGACAACCAAUCAGGAGACGGGGUGGAGGUAGAGGCCCCUUGUUGCCUUGACGACUGCUCGUCAGAUGGUGCACUACAAAAAGAGGAGUAAUUACAUCCCAUAGUUUAACGAGAAUGAUUGAGUUGAGAGGGAAUGUUCCAAGUUCGACUGCCUUUUUCCUUGCAAAACAUAAUUAGGCACAGUAGCCACUUCGUGUUGUCGUCAUAAGAAUAAUUUAUGAUGUUACAGAUGCUGGAAACUAGAGAUGGACAGUGUGACAAGGGGUGCGGUCUAUGUCACCUUAACAGCAGGUUCUGAUUUGGAACUGAGCAAAGUUAAAAAUCACAACCUUUAGAUUGCACAUUGCACUGAAUCUUUUUGAUUCUGGACCUCAGCCUUUCCACUGCCCCAUCAGGGUUGUAGCAUUGUGACAAGCUCUCAGUCUUUUCACCUUUCUAACUUUUUUUUUUUUUUUUUUUUUUUUUAUUUUUAGAACACUUUAGAUUGUUAGUUAUAUUUGUACUAUUGCGUAAAAAUGGCGACAGUAGGCCCCUUUUUUGAUCAAAGCAUAUUCUAAUUAAAUCCACACUUACAGCCAGUGCAUUUUAAGUGCAGCAUACUUACCUUAAUAGUCUCAAAGCAUUUUUGAAUUAAUUCCAGAUAAGAUAUUGUCACUUAACCAAUGCUGUUGAUCACCCUGGCUGUUAGUCACACAUCAUGCAUCUGACAAUUGGACCAUGAGCCGAUUUAGUGCACCAUGGCUUUCCCCCAUCAUUUAUAUACACAACAUUUAAUUGUUGGCAUGAGCUUUGUAUUUAAUAUUUCUUAAGUAGCAUGUUACACAAAUUGCGUUGACAUUUUGACAUUUGUUAUAUGCAUUUAAAAUGCAUAGGUGUAGAUAUAGGUACCCUCCUCUUUUUUUAAAUUUUUUUUAUUAUUUUUUUUUUUCCCCAUUUUAACUCAUAUUUAGUGAUUCUCGGCAAACAUUGUUGUAGUUGUCGGUAAUUGGAUCGCAGUAGUUGUCAAAACCUGCACGUUUCUUUUUUAAAUUAUAUUCUUAUAAAUGAAUUCAUAGUACUUAAACAAAAGCCCUGUUGCUACUUGUAUUGCAGGCAAGGCAAAGAUUGAAUUAGGACCCUGUUUAGAGUUAAUAAAUUGUCCCUGAUUGAGCACUGCAUAAAGUGAGACACUCCAGUGCUGUCGUAGGUUAGUGUCAAAGGGAUUGUCCUCACAAAUAGUGAUAUGGCUACCAGUGAAUUUAAAGCUGCUUGACCGUGAGAAUAGCAUCAGUUUUUAAUCAUUAUUAGUCAAUAGCACUGUUUGUUUGAGUCAUCCCUUUAAGGGGAAUGAUAUUGUUGUAUUUUGUGUUUUUGUAACAUUACAGUUUGAAAUUAAGUGGUUUUGCGGCAUAUAAUAAGGGUCCAAAAAAUCCUGAUUUUGUUGCAGAAAAAUGGGUUGUGUCACAAUGCUGAAAUUACUUGUGUUAGAUUACUAAUUUCAGUGAUCCAGAUUCUGCUCAUCACAAUGCUGAGAGGUAAAGAACAAAGGCGUGAGACUGCUGACAUGCCAGUCAGGGAUGGUAUUGCUUUGCUAUCUCCACUCUCAGUAGUUUUUGUUUUGUUUUUUUUUUUUUUUUUUUUUUUUUUUUUAAUAAAUAAAAAUGUUUGUCCCACAUCAUCUACUCAGUAAAUAGACAUACAGCACUUGUGAUACCCACUGACAUAGCUGCUAAUAGGGUUAUAAGUUUUUUAUUAGUUUUUUAAAGCACCUUAUACCCCGAGAUAUAGAUAUUGAUAUGCAAGCCCCAGCACCAAACCGAAAUGGAAACGCCCUCUGAAAUUUUUUGUAACUCAACAUAAAGCACUUAUGUUAUUUAUGUAUAAUUAUAGAACAGUACAACUACAGUCAUUAGUCUACGUAGACCAAGAAACUGGGGUACAGAAGUGGAACUCCUAAAUUUGUGACACAGUUGGGUGAAAAACCACGCUCUCUAGUCAUUUCAUUACAUUAAUAUAUGGUGUUCUGUUUUUGUGAUAUUAAACCCAUAUGUGUUGUUUCUAUGACUGCCCAUGGACCUUGUGCACUUUUCAGAGAGCAUUUUAUUGAGGGAAAAUGGGUUUAAAGUAAUCCAUCUAACAUGAAAAUCCUCCAGCUUUGAAACACAAUUUGACACCUUCACGCAAAGGAAAUGCUCCUUUGUGAACUUUUUUUGUACUAGUAAUUAUGGGGAUGUUGGGAAUGAGCUUCAAUUUGUAUCAAAGAACAAAUACACUAGAGAGAGGCUCUUUUGACAAAUGAUUUUAAUUAGAAAACUUUAAUACUGAAUUUCAUUAGUGUCUGUGCAGGCAUGUUAAUAAGAUGCACCUUAUUUUGUUACAGUAUGGAUAGAUGAUAGUUUAUCAUGUGCCACAAAUUGUAUAUGAAAAGCUCUAAAUAUCGCAGAACGACAGACAUAUUUAUGUUUGUAUAUUCUAAAAGUUUUGCGGAAUCCCCUCCAUUAGUUUAACUUGUUUAAGUUUAUAUAUGUAUACCACACAGAUAUACACAAAUAGUCAGCAGUAACCUUUUACACAAGCGUUUGUCAUUGGCUACGUCCAAGUUCAUAAAGGUAAAGACAUGAUGUGAUCGUCUUGGACAUACAUGAACUAUGAUAAAUCGGUAUUAAUCGAGACCAUAGCAUUGCAAGUAGUGUAUUUAAACCCAUACGAUACCGUACUAUACAUACACAGCCAAUUAUUCUGAAGUUCAGACUUUGGUUGUUGCAUUUGAUGAUGAUGACAUUUCAGCAGUGCUCGUAAUGGAAGGAUCUUCCAUUAUGAAUUAAGCACGCCAAAAACACACGUACACACAAAUACACUUGUUUGUACCUAUAAACAAGCAAUUGCUUCAGACAUACUGUAGACCGUUAUUCAGUUUUCAGUUUCCAUUUAAGGUAGAUACAAAAUGUAAGUUCACUAUGCAGGCACAGAUUAUUGUCAUAGAAUACCAGUUAUCAGAGUUACAUUUAGCAUAAUCUUAGUCUCAAAGAUAUUAACACACCCAUAAUUCAGAUACACCCAGAAAUAGACAUAAACAAGUACACACACAUAUGUGCAUAUGUAGAUGUUUUCUUUUAGAGAGACACCAGUUAGUACAAGAGAAAAUGUAACGUUAUUUAGGAUUUCUUUUUGUAUUUGAUAUAGUUGAUUACUUGUAAUGCUUAAUUAGUGAUUUCAGAUGUGUGGUUCCCAAGUUACCCUCUGCAGAGCUUCUUAUCUGGCUUUUAUGUAUUCUUUUUUUCACUGUUCUAACCUCUUUCUUAUUUGCCAUUUUAAUCAGACAUUUGUUGAGAGUUAACUAUACCCAACAUAGAUGCAGAUGUAAGAUAAUUUACAGUAUUAAAUAUUUUAAGGGAUCUGUGUUUUGAUUUUUGAGGUACAACCAAACCUUAUCAUAUGCCUUUCCCCCUUUAUCCUAAUCAGUCCUAUUCAUUCGGUGGUAAUUUAGAACAUGUGCAGAUUUAUUCACAUGGCGAUAGUUACUGUACUGCACUAUUUGUUGCUGAUUUAAGAAAUCCCUGUCUUGGUGUUGAAUAUAGCGUUAUUAAUACACACUCUCACAGUUCACAUGCUUGCUUUCUGUAGUUUUACAAUAACAACCAUAUUUCUUCCCUAUCUUUUCUCAAAAACAAAAAACAAAAAAACAAAUGCCCAUCACCUCUUCUUUCUCUCGUUCCAUCAUGUCUAGACUCUUUUGUCUUUUAACUUAUCAUGUCUCGGUUGUGGACUUUCUUGCUCCUACUGCAGUGUUGUCUCCUUACCCCAUCAUACUAACAGUAAAGAUAAUAUUAACGACAAUAAUAAUUACGCUUAUAAUCAGUCUGUAUGUAAUCGUAGCCAGAAGUCGGAAACGGAUAUUUUCAGCGUUGAACAAAAGAAAAAAAAAAAAAAAAAAAUUAACCUAACCAUCUUUGGUUUGAAAUUGUGAAAAUUGUGUUUUUUUUUCUUGCUACUUUUAAAAAAACGUUAUUACUCCUUUGACCAUUGCUACAGUUAGUAUUAAAUACACUUAGCACAGGUAGAUAUUUGAAACUGUAAUGAUUAUAGGUAUCUUUACCUUAUUGCUAUUGUUUCAGACCACUUCACCAUUAGGAUAAAAUUGUAGCCAUCAGACUAAACCACAACUUUGUCGAACAUUAUGAGAUGCGUCAGUUAAUCAGUGAAGAUCAUUCAAAAGCUGAUAAAUUCAACAUUAACCAUUGCAUCCUUGCACAAAACAGAGAGUUAUCUCUGCUACUAAAAACCAAAGUGCAUACUAUCUUACUAUUUGUCAACCCAAAUUACAGUUUUCUUUUAUUUGUGGAAAUCAGAGUUCUAAUAUUCAGUAAUUGAGAUCAUAACAUAUAUUAUGGGUCCAUUGACAAAUAUUAAAUGAAGGAAACAAUGUAUUUACAUCUUUUUGGUGAAAUGUGGCUGAGGUGUGUGUUGUCCAAUUUCUUUGCUAACAGUUUUUCCCUUUUAUGAAGCAUAGCCUCAGAUGCAAGUCUUGAUGCGGUUAAAUCCUAGCACCCUCUACAGUUACAGUUUGGGAAAUGUAGCUUCAUCAGUAGUCAUGGCAAGGUUAAAAGUAUGCACAUAACUGUUAACAGGAUCAGUCACAAGUUAGCGUGAAGAGUCCUUGCCUGUGCAUUCCUGUAGACUUGUGUCUGGAGAUUAGAUUUGAUUUUUGCUUUAAAACUGUUCCCUUCUAUCCUAGCUUUGAAGCCCUUCACGUCACAGGACCACCUGUGUGCUUUUGAGUGGUGUUGUAAGGUUUUGAGCCCGUUAGCGAUAACAGCAAUGUGUUGUGUACAAUGGCUCCCUGCCAUUCCCCCCUAUUCUUGCUGGAUGAGUGCCCUUGUUUUAUCCUCUUGUUUUUAGAGCAUGUUGCCCCUGCAAUGUUGUUAACAUUUUCAAGUGACGACCCAGUCUCAUUUGUAGGCAACACGUUCUGUCAUCUGAUCCGUUCACCAGGAUAAACGCGUUGAUGCAUGCAUCAAGGUCUCCAAAAGAACUUGUGUAGUGAAGGGUGAAACUUCAUUAUUAUUAUUAUUGCUGUUAUGGUUAUGAUCGUUAUUAACAGUUUCUCAUUUUUAGUCAAAAGAAAGCACCAGGUUGUUUGGGAAAGAAACCUUUUUUAUUUGUCUUGCUGUUGAGGUCUGAAUUCAUGAUGCAUUGAGAAGAAAGCCAAAAGGCUGAGAGAGAAAGAGUUGAAGUUGGCAGUCAUGUUUGUAUGGUUGGAAAAUGACUUACAGUGCUGAAAUAAAAUUUAUUCUUUUAGUAAAAAA